GAACCACCAUCUCUUCAAUGGCUUCCUCUUCAAAAACCACCACCUUAGUCCAAGCCGACCCUUCAACUUUCCGCACCAUCGUCCAGCACCUCACCGGCGCCGAGAAGCCCGUUUUCAGCCUCCACGAACGUCGACGAGCCCUCAACAAGCUUCAAAUCAACCCCAACACCAAUGGAAAGAUGGAUUCCCUCUCCCCGUGUGCCGGACAAAGAAGGUCGUUGGUUUCAUCACCCGUUUCCACGUUGGAUUUCUUUCCCCUCCUCCUCAGCCCACCGUCGAACGCCAAGCCAACGAGGUCCACACUCGAAGAAGAAGAAGAAGAGGAAAAGAGAGGGUUUUAUUUGCAUAAUCAAAGUGGUCCACUGACGCUUCGGCGAGGAGCUGAACCAGAGUUGUUGCAUUUGUUUCCUCUACAUUCUCCCAGGGAAAACAUCCAGUGAUCAUGAUUUGUUUUGUUUUGUUUCAUCUUUUUAUCAGAGAUCUGUUCAC